CAUAGCACUACUUUUGUAUUAAAAUGAGAGGAAAAAAAAAAAGGAAAAAAGAGAAACACACAUCCCACCUUCCUCAGUUACUUUCAAGUCUCCUCUAAUUUCUUCCAAUUCUUAAAUGAAUAAAAAAAUAACCCCAACAAUAUCCCCGUUUCUUCCCCCUUCUUGCUUCUUCUUCUUCUUCUUCAUCUUCUUCCCCUUCUUCUUCCUCUUCGUUUCUCAACAAAUUUUGCAUAACUUGACAAAUUCUCCUCUAUGUUAUCUCCGUAUAUCCUCCUCCUCCCACACAGACACUGCUUAACAGUUUGAUUAAUUCCUUCUAACUCUUCUUCUGCUUAGAUCGAGCUCCUUGAUCGGCCAAGCCAAUAUGGAGUUCGUGGCGUCGAUCAUCGACAACGUGUUCCGGCCGCUGAAGGACUUCUUCGCGCGCUCGUUCGGCUACGUCGCGUCGUGCGGCGACUACGUCGCGGCGCUGGCCGACGAGAUGAACGAGCUCAAGAGCAAGCGCGACGACGUCAAGCGCAUGGUCGACGCCGCCGAGCGCCAGGGCAUGGAGCCCACCAGCCAGGUGAAGUGGUGGCUGGAGAGCGUGGCGGCGCUGGAGGAGCACGCGGCGAGGAUCGAGGAGGAGUACCAGGAGCGGGCGCGGGCGCCGCCGGAGCAGGCGGCGGGGAUAUCGAUGUGGUCGACGUACCAGCUGAGCAAGCUGGCCGACGAGACCCUGGCGGAGGCGCGGAACUGGAAGGACAAGGGCGCGUUCCAGAAGGUCGCCGACGACCUGGUGCACGUCCGCUUCGAGGAGAUGCCGACGGUGCCGGCGGUCGGCAUGUCGCACCUGCUGGAGCAGCUGCGCGCCUGCGUCGUCGGCGACGACGACGUCGGCAUCGUCGGCAUCCACGGCAUGGCCGGCGUCGGCAAGACGGCGCUGCUGAACAAGUUCCACAACGAGUUCCUCGCGGGCGCCGCCGACGUGAACGUCGCCAUCUACAUCGAGGUCAGCAGGGACUUCGACCUGGACGAGAUCCAGAAGGUCAUCGGCGACCGCCUCGGGCUGUCCUGGGACCGGAAGUCGCCCAAGGAGCGCGCCGUGGUGCUGUACAAGGUGCUGAGCAAGAUGAACUUCGUGCUCCUGCUGGACGACCUGUGGGAGCCGCUCAACCUCCGGAUGCUGGGAGUGCCGGUGCCGAAGCAGCGGUCCAGGAGCAAGAUCAUCCUGACCACCCGCAUCGAGGACGUGUGCGACCGGAUGGACGUGCGGCGGAAGAUCAAGGUGGACUGCCUGCCCUGGGGCGAGGCGUGGGAGCUGUUCCAGGAGAAGGUCGGGGAGGCGCUGGUGCGGUCGAAUCCCGAGAUCCGGCGGCACGCGGAGGAGCUGGCGGCCAAGUGCGGGGGGCUGCCGCUGGCGCUGAUCACCGUCGGCCGCGCCAUGGCCAGCAAGCGGACCGCCAAGGAGUGGAAGCACGCCAUCACCGUCCUCCGGAUCGCGCCCUGGCAGCUCCUCGGCAUGGAGGGCGACCUCCUCCGCCACCUCAAGCACAGCUACGACAACCUCCAGAACGACAAGCUCCGGACCUGCCUGCUGUACUGCUCCCUGUUCCCGGAGGAGUUCUCGAUCUACAAGGAGUGGAUCAUCGGGUACUGCAUCGGCGAGGGGUUCAUCGACGACCUCUACACCGAGAUGGACGAGAUCUACAACAAGGGCCACGACCUGCUCGGGGUGCUGAAGACGGCCUCCCUGCUGGAGAGAGGGGACGACGAGGAUCACAUCAAGAUGCACCCGAUGAUCCGCGCCAUGGCGCUGUGGAUCGCCUCCGAGUUCGGGGCCAAGGAGACCAAGUGGCUCGUCCGCGCCGGGAUCGGACUCAAGGAGGCUCCCGGGGCCGAGAACUGGGGCGAGGCCGAGCGGAUUUCGCUCAUGCGGAACAACAUUCACGAGCUGUACGAGACGCCGAACAGCCCCAGUCUGAAGACUCUGAUGCUGCAGGGGAACCCCGCGUUGGAGAGGAUCUGCGACGGCUUCUUCCGGUUCAUGCCGUCGCUGCGCGUUCUCGAUCUCUCGCACACUUCGAUCGGCGAACUGCCGUCGGGGCUCAGCGCCUUAUCCGGCCUGCAGUACCUCGACCUCUACAACACGAACAUCCGGUCGCUGCCGCAGGAGCUGGGAGCGCUGGUGAACUUGCGGUUUCUGCUCCUCUCCAACAUGCCCCUCGCGACGAUCGCGAGCGGGGUGAUCGGCAGCCUGGCGAUGCUGCAGGUGCUGUACAUGGAUCUGAGCUACGGGGACUGGAAGGUCGGGACCGCAGGGACCGGCGUCGAGCUCCAGGAGCUCGAGGGGCUGCGGCGGCUGAAGGCGCUGGACAUCACGAUUCAGACGGUCGACGCCCUGCAGCGGCUCUCGCGCUCGCACCGGCUCGCCGGCUCGAUGCGGAACCUGCUCAUGAAGGGGUGCGGCGGCUUGACGAGGAUCCAGUUGCCCUCCAGUGAUCUCUGGAGGAACAUGAAUGGAUUGAAGAGGGUGUGGAUCGUGGGUUGUGGGGAUCUGGAGGAGGUGGUCAUUGAUGGGAGCAAAGACGGUGACGAGAUGCCCGCUCUUCCCAGCCUACAAAGUGUCAACUAUCAGGGAAGAGGGAGCUUCAUAGAUGAUGAAUUGCCUAUUCUCCCUAGCCUGCAGAGUAUCAUCCUUCAAGGCCUGCAAAAGGCUAAGAUCAUCUACAAAGGUGGGUGUGUGCAGCACCUCACCUCCCUGGACGUUUGGCUCUGUAUCGGAUUGGAGCAACUCAUUACUUUCGAAGAUGCCGUCGACGGCGAAGCGGACGGAGAAGAGCCAAGGGUUGUCGCGGCGUUCCCUGCUCUCAAAGAGCUGCACCUCAACCGUCUCCCGAACUUCAAGAGCUUCAGCGACAGUCGGACUUUGCUGGCCUUCCCCGCACUGGAGAAGCUCACCAUUGUCGAGUGCCCGAAGCUGAAGAAGAUCGAAUUGGACGCGAGGGAGCUGCAGGAGAUCCGCUGCAGCCUAGAAUGGUGGGAUGGGUUGGUGUGGGGUGAUGAAGAGGUCAAAUCUUAUUUCGCGCCGCUCGUCAGACAAAUUUUGUGUUAGUUGGUAUUGUUCUCACCUAUCCAACUUCUCUCCCUCUAAUUUUCUUUUCUUUUCUUUUCUUUCCAUUGAUUAUGAGUUUAGAUCCCAAAGUUUGAUCUCGAUUUCAAUCGCCGCAUCGUGUCCUCAGAGCGUCAAUUUGAUAAUUUUUUAGUCCCUAAAAUUUAUUUUGCACAGAAGUAAAAUCAUCCAAUAGAUUGGUAAAAACUUUGUAAAUUGUCAAAUUGGAACUCUAGGAAUGUAGUUGGAAUCUGGGCUACACUUGGAGGACUAAGCUCAUUAAAAUUCUUUUCUUUUGUUCUACAUUUUUUGGGUUCAAAUUUUUUAUGUGCUAAUUGGAGGAUUCAUUUCUCUCUACUUGUAGGAUAGAGAGUAUGAUUGUUUGAGCCCUGCAUUAUCUGCGGCUUAAAUUUUGUUCUGUUUGAGAGACACAGGAUGUAUUAGAUUCAUACUAUGAAUGAAUCAUGUUGAGUAGCAUAUCGUACGGUUACAUUCUUUUGUAGAUUUUGCCAGUUCUGAGAACUAAGAAAACUUACUGCAGCAACAGAUGUGAUAAGAGAAUUACUCUGAUUUUGUAUUUUGGUUCCCAUCCCUUUCUGAACAUGGUUUUUUAUACUUCCAGUUCUA